CCGGCCCCGUGCGCGCUUCGCUCGGCAGCCGGCGGGACGCGGUGGCGGCGGCGCUGCUCUGGCUUCUUUGUGCUCGGGCGGCGGCGGCGGCCUCGCGGGUCCUCGCGGCGCGUCCUCUCGGCCCAGACCAUGUCGGCGGCGGGGCCGGGCUCGGGCGUGGAGGCGGGCUUCUCCAGCGAGGAGCUGCUGUCGCUGCGCUUCCCGCUGCACCGCGCCUGCCGCGACGGGGACGUGGCCGCGCUCUGCUCGCUGCUGCGACAGGCGCCGCGCGCCCACCUGGCCGCUGAAGACUCCUUCUACGGCUGGACGCCCGUGCACUGGGCCGCGCACUUCGGCAAGCUGGAGUGCUUGGUCCAGCUGGUGCAGGCCGGGGCCACGCUGGACACGUCCACCUCGCGCUAUGCCCAGACCCCGGCACACAUCGCUGCGUUCGGGGGCCACCCCCAGUGCCUGCUGUGGCUGAUCCAGGCUGGAGCCAGCAUUGACCAGCCGGACUGUGAGGGCGAGACUCCGGUCCACAAGGCCGCUCGCUCCGGGAGCCUGGACUGCGUGGGGGCCCUCGCGGCCAGCGGGGCUCGGAUCGACCUGAGAAACGCCAGUGGCUUGACGGCAGCAGACAUUGCUGGAGCCCAGGGUUUCCACGAAUGUGCCCAGUUUCUCUUGAACCUGCAGAACUGUCACCUGAGCCGGCCCUACAGGAACGGCGCCUUGAACGGCGGCCACACCGCCGCAGGGCCGCGCAAGAGACGCCUGGACGAGACGGAGGCCUUUGGAGCCAAGAAAGCCAGGACCGGCGCCCACAGUCCCGACUGCUCCCUGCCGGCGGUCAGCGGCGAGCCGGACGAUGACGCCGACAGAAUGCUCGUCGACCGAGAGCUCACGGCCGUAACAGAUGGGAGGCACGCUAGCUUCGUGUCCGGCAGCGUGCCCAGCGGACGCGGCCUCAGUGGACACUCGGACUUCCCCUGCACGCCGCCGCGCACCGGGACGGACAGCAGGCGCGCCGCCCUGGGCGCAGACGCUCCCGGCAGUGGCCCCGGGGGGUGCGGGCGCGAGGAGCCCGGGCGGGCCCCGGGCGGGAGCCCCGAGCACUGUGGCACCCUGCACCUGAACGGGAGCCCCAGCAGCUGCGUGGCCAGCAGGCCCUCCUGGGUGGACGAGCUGGGGGACAGUCUGCACUAUGGACACUACCAUGGCUUCGGGGACACCGCCGAGAGCAUCCCCGAGGUCAGCAGCGCCCUGGAGCACUCGUGCUCCGUGCGCGUGGCUGAGCGCUACGACAGUGCCGUCCUGGGCACCAUGCAGCUGGACCUGAGCUCCUAGCGCCCCGCCCCGCCCCGGCCCGGCCCGGCACGCCGCCGCGCUCUCGCCGCUUAGCUCUGGGCGGGUCCUGGCAGGCGUGGGAGGGGGCGGUCAGGUGCCCAGUGGGCGCCCGGGACACCUGCAGUCACCGCUCGCACUGUGCGGGGACGGUGAGCACGGAGGAAGGAGCACUCCAGACCCCGCGCUGGGCUGUCCGGGUGCAGCCCGACCACCCCCGGGGAGCUCACUGCCCGGCUCCUGGCCCUGCCCGUGGUGCUGACCCCACACUCCAGCCCCGGCCAGCGUGUCCGACGGUUCCUCCUGCGCCGACCCCCCUUCCCCCCCAGCGCGCGGCCACUCGCGUCCGAGCGCCUCUUCUCUUCCUCGUUUGCUUUUUCCAGGUUUUCUGCUUUAAAAUCUAUACCACUAUGUCCAUUUAAUGGAGAAUUUUGACUCAAUAAAACGGCUACGUUUAUGGUUUUCUAGAGAUUAGCUUUGUUUAGUAACUAGUGACUUCACUGUGCAGAUAUUGUAAUGAAUUUUUACUCUUCUGAUUUUUGUAUUAAAAAUUGGUGAAGAUUUGAAACUGUACCUGAGCAGACCAGCGCCCUCGGCCCCCCACGUUGAAUAAAGGCUCGUGCUCACU